UCAGUUCGUUUCUUGCGCCAUAGCAGAGGAUUUAACUUGUUUCCCGCUUUCAGGAAAUCUCGGAUAGGCAUCUUAGAAAGCCAAUCUUUAGCGUYUUAUUCCAACAACAUAUUAUUGGACUCUAUGUUGGCAAAAUUUCUCAUCAGCCGGACUAAAAACGGCCGAGUUUGAGGGCUGUACAUGUGGUGAUAGCUCAACUUAUCUCUCCUUGAAGAGGAAAUUGUGUAGUUUAUUUUAUGGUCCUGACAAGCAUUGCAAAACAUUGAAAGCUUAACCUGGUAAAGAAGAAACAAUGGAUAAUAAUUCUCAAUGAUAGGAAUGCUCUUUCUUCAUGCAGCUAUUAACUGUAGUUGAAUGACCAAAGUUCCUUUCUACAACUCGCACUCGUACCGUCUUAAAAAAAAWUCCUGCAACGUAAAGAUAGCAAAUUUACUUGGGUUUAUGGACCUAAACAUCGCUUCCUAGAACUUCAAAAGGCUAUAAAAGCUUUGGCUUAUGCGGUAUAUUGAUAACUAAUCAAUUAAGCUUACACAAUAACACAAAAAAGGCGAGAUGUUUUGGAAAUUUGAGUUGCACCCCUCUACUGCAAUCGAUUCCAUUUUGAGCAAAGAGGACUGUACAUUGAUCGAAAUACUCGAGGAAGAUGAUGUACUUCAAGAGACAAAGUCACAAAACAGAAAAUUGAUAAAUUUCUUCAUUAAACCUGAAAUAUUAGAAGAACUAGUUAGUCUGGUAAUAACAGAACCGGAUGAAGACUUUGAUGAGAAGCUACGAUAUAAACAUCCUAAUACAGCAUGUGAAGUACUUACAUCAGAUGUKUACACAAUUAUUGAUAAAUUAUCCAGCAGUGAGGAACUGCUCAAUAAGCUGUGGUCUUUCUUGGAAGCUGAUCCCCCAUUGAACCCACUAUUAGCAAGUUUCUUUAGCAAGGUUUUAGGAGUCUUAAUAUCAAGAAAAACAUCUUUAAUGCUAGAUUACCUAAGAACAAAAGAAGAUUUUGUAUCUCUGCUCUCAAAGCAUCUUGGAACAUCAGCUAUCAUGGACCUAUUGCUAAGACUGAUUACAAGUGUUGAGUCACCGCAACUGAGAUUGGAUUUAUUGGAGUGGUUGAAUGAACAGCAGUUAAUAGAAGCGCUGGUAGCAUUAAUUGAUCCUGAAAUCGAUGAAGAUAGAAACAGCAAUGCAGCACAGGCAUUAAGUGAUAUAAUCCGACUAAGCCGAGAUCUGCAGUCACAGAUGCAAGAGGGUGCCUGUCCUGAUGUCUUACUUGACACCAUACAAAAGAGAGAAACAAUAAGUAGUUUACUGGAUCACAUGUUCCAUGGUAUUCAUUCUCACAAUGACUCAGCUCUUGUAAAUGGAAUCUUUGUUCUUCUUACCCUUCUGGAGGUGAAGAAAGGACCGGGAGAAGGGCUCAUGACAGCUUUGGAUGCAGAAAGACUAGCUCAAGGUGURAGUGCAACAUUAGCUGCCUUGACGCCAAGACUUCAAGAUUUCAAUGACCUUCUCACUGAUCCACCACUGAUGAAUCCGAUGCAGACAACUAUAGGAACACUGGACCCACCCCUUGGCAAUGCUAGACUACAAAUAGCUAAACUAGUGUCUUCURUAUUAUCAACCAAUGGUGAUACUAUAAACAAAGAACUAGCUAAUCUAGGAACUGUCAGAAUCUUAUGGGAACUAUUUUUCAAGUAUCCAUGGAAUAAUUUUUUGCAUACWCAAGUAGAAAAAUGUAUAAGUACAAUACUUAACAACCCUCCUACAGAGGAAGAUGGAGAAUUACAUACACCUCUAGUAGACACUCUUUUCAAAGACUGCAAGUGCUUACAAAAAAUAUUAGAUGCUUGGGAGGAUCCAGAUCCAGAAAUUACUCAUUCCCAAGCUCGGCAUAAAGGAUACAUGGGUCACCUUACCAACAUUGCUAAUUACAUAGUACAUUACAGAGAAAAGGGCAGAAAUAAAGAUGUCAUAGAAAGUGUACUAAAUGAAAUACCAGAGAAAGACAGAGAAAAAUGGAAUUCAUUUGUGUCUGGUACUCUUGCGGAGAUCAACAAAACAAAUACAACAGAACUGGUUGGACAUCAUCCAUUACAGUCAUCAUCAGAUGAUGACGAUGAUGGUGGUUACAAACCAGUACCUUUCCUACCAAGUGAAACUUCAUUACAACAUGUCUUCUCAAACUAUCAAAUGCAGCAAAUGACAGCAGACUUUAUGGAUACUUUUGGUUUGGAUGGAGAUGAAUUCCAGGAACCCAACGAUGGUAUCACAUCUCAGUUUGACAGGAUUGGCGAUAUUGGUUUUAAUAUCAGUGCAAAUGAAGACAAUCCCAACUCAGCUUUGUUUGAUGCCUGCUGUAAUGAAAGAAUACAACARUUUGAUGACAGUGGCAGUGAUGAAGAGGAUGUUUGGGAGGAAAAAGAAUUAACAUUUUCAUCAGUAGUUGAAAAUAGAAAAAGCACCUUGUCAGACAGUGAUAGUGACAGCUCCGAUAGUGACGAAGAUGAACAAGGGUCACCACUUCGACAAAGUACUGGCAGUAGUGGUAGUGAUGACGACAGGAUAGUGUUCACAGAUGACACAUCAAGCAGUCCUGCAAAUUCACCAGUCAAGAAGAAUCAACCUUUGGAAAAUACCUCCAAUAAAAUGGAYAUCGAUACUGGAAAUGCAUGGAAUGAAUUUGAGUCCACUGAGGUUGCUAUGGACGAAACAGUAUCCAUGGAUGCAUCUGAUGUAGGUUGGGAUAGAACUCCAGAAAGUAAUCCACCAGACACUGGAUGGGCUAAUUUUGAUAAUUUCACUGAUAUCGGSAUGGCAGCAGCUUCAGCCAGGGAACAGACUGAUAAAAGACCAGACUCACCUGUUGCUAUGGAAACAGAGACAUCGCCCUCACCCCCUGAAAAUGCAUCACCUUCACCAUCCUCAGCUUCUGCAUACAUGAUAGGACAAGACAAGCAAGAUGCUAAGGAGGAUCAGUCAUGUGAUGACCCAAGCAAAGGCCUAGUCCUYGACACWAGUAAUGUGUUUGUUAAUCAAUCUAGUGAAGAGAAUGUAUCCAAUGAUACCGUGAGAAAUUCAUCACCARUAAAAACAGCACCACUACCCCCAAGGGCUGCAAAUUACAGCAGYUGUGAGAAGGAGGAUGGUGUUCCCUUAGCUUCAAAUGAUAGUGAUGAUGAUAUCUCUGAUGACGAUGAAGGCUUACCAGCUGAAGAUGCUAGGCAAGAAAUAUCACAAGUUGAAAACUUUCAACUGAAAGCAGAACCAUUCAACAUGGUAAUGCAAACGCCAAAAACGACAUCAGCUGACACCAAGGAAGCUGUGAAUGAGAAUAGCAGAGAAGAACCAGUAGCUACCCACCCCUCCCCCAUCAACACAUCAAACUCUACAGAAAACCCCACAGGGAAUGGACCUGUAGAUUUUCAYGAUAAACCUGGCAGCCAAUCRGAAUGCAGUAAUACAAGCAGUACUAACAAAUUGGAGGAUUCCACGUCAGGGAUUUCAUCACAGUCAGAAACACCGCCCCUUGCCAAUGGUCCUGGUUGAUGCCAAGCAAAGUAUGACCUGCUGGCUAGCCCAAUCAAUAGACUAUCCAUUCAAAUCCCAGACGCUAUAAUGCAUCAAGUAUAUGUACAUGGUCAAUCAGUAGAAUAGUAAACCAUAGGCAGCAAUGUUAAGGUGAUCUUGUACAGCCAAUUCAAAACAACCAUGUUUAUAUCAAGUAGAUCUUGUUUUUAUUUUUAAAGUAAGUGUAAUCAAUGGGAAUGUCGAUCAAAGUCCAAACUCUCCUCUGUAGUACUGUAAUUUUGGAUAGAGUAUUUAGAUUUUGAUCAGUAUAAAGUUGCAUGUUGAUUAAAGUCUAAAUUCUCAUAUAUGAUCUUAUGAAUUUUAAUGAGUGUUUGGAUUUUGAUCAGUAGCUAGUGCCAUUAUAUCGAUCAAAAUCAAAAUCCUUCUUUUAGGUCUAAUGAUUUUUUGAAUAUUUUGGAUUUUGAUCAAUGGACGUGGAAUUUCAUUAUUUAAAGGCCAGACUUGUUCUAGGAAUGUUAAAAUGUGUUUUGUGAUGCCUAGACUAUKUACAGAGACAUUGCAAUGAGAAACAUGUGAAACAUUUUUUUCUUCAUAAAGCACACUUUAAAUUCAUCUGUCCUGAUAUAUAUCCUUUGCCAUUCGUGCAGCACAGUUCUAGAGUUGUCAUUUACUCUUAGUUAUUCAGUAGUCAGAGGUAAACCAUUCUACUAAUGAAAUUUCUUGGCAAUGAACCUUGUCUUUCAAUGGAAUUGCUUUUAAUCUUCCGUACAAAAGUGGAUUCUCUGAGGGUGUACAUCUGCACCUGGGCUAAUUUAUGCAUGCUGUAAAGGCCCGUUGACAAUGGCCAUUUUUGCGGCUAUUUUUGUUCCAAUUUUUCAAACGAUUUCAAAAACAUACAAUAGAUUUUGUCGUAUCCUUCUCAGGAGACGUGUAGCUAGUUCAUCUCAGUAUACUGAAUAAAAGUUUAUUAGUUAAUUUUUAGCAUUAUUCUACAGGAUCAAAAUGAACUCAAAAAUCGCCGCAAAAUUCGCCAUUGUAAACGGGACUUAAUACUUAAUUAAUGUAGUCCCCUCCCCACCCCCUCACCCCCAUAUAGUGUAUCGUCGUACAUAUCAAGAGAUUCAAGAUACUACAUUUAUUUAAAUUUAGAUAAGCAGUAAAUUCUUUGAACUUCCAUGGCCGAAAUAGCAAUUUUUUAAACUCUUGUGUGUAAAAAUUAUUAGUUUCGCUCUAGAGUCCUUUUCUGGCAAUGCUCUUUAGAAUUUCCAAUCUUCCUAAAACAAUGUUAAAACAUCGUUAAUCAAAAGCUUUGCCUGAAAAAGGAUGCUAGUGUUUUUCUGUUUAUUUUCUAUAUCUAGCUUAUAAAGGUGCCCAAUUUAUGCCAUGAUUUUAACAUGUUAUCAAGUGGGCUAACUAAACAGUUUAAGUAAAAUAUUGCUACGAAACCA